AUGUCCCUUAGCCUCUUAUUGCCUCUAAGGCUCCUUUCACUAUCACGUGUCGCUCUGUCGAGCCCAGUCUUCCGCAUUCUACGCUUCACGCUCCAACCCAUCGCACGUCCCUCCGCUCUCUCUCACAUUGGUUCUAUUCUGCCGUACUGUCCCUCCCUUAGCGGCCCCGCCGAUGCCGUAAUUCCAUCGACCUCCCUCCCGCAGGUAGCCCUCAAGUGGCCCAACGACAUCUUUCUGGGCGGGCUGAAGGUGGGUGGCGUGCUCUGCACGUCAUCCUACCGCAACAGAGCGUUUGACGUCACUGUGGGCAUAGGUCUGAAUGUGAACAACGCCCAUCCCACCACGUGCAUCAACGCCGCCCUGCAAGCCGCCUGCCCCUCCGCCGCGCCUGUCUCCCACGAGGCGCUGCUGGCCGCUCUGCUCAACCGCCUGCACUCGCUGCUCUCCGUCUUUGAACAGCAAGGCUUUAAGCCUCUGGAAGCGGAUUAUCUCCAACGCUGGCUGCACAGUGGCCAGCACGUGGUGCUGGAGGAGGCUAAGGAGGGCGGCAGCGUCACCCAGGUCUCCCUCACCAUUCAGGGUCUCACUACGGGUGGUUACCUCCUCGCCACUGAUCCUUCAGGGAUACAGUACGAGCUUUCCCCUGAUGGCAACAGCUUGGACUUCUUUAAAGGGCUCAUGCGUCGAAAGCUGAACCCAGAGGAGCAAGUGGCAGGAGGGCACUGA